AAUCUUCCCCUCCUCAUCUCCCCCGUUUCCAAAUAAUGAUAUUCUUAUAUAUUCUUAAUUAAUAUAUAAACCCCCUCUUUCUCUCUCCCUCUCUCGGACCUUAUAUUAACCAAGAACUGGAAGCGAAGCGGCCAUCAUUAAAUGAGUCUUCUUCUAAUGGAGUCCUCCGACUCCGAAACCUCGUGAGAUCGAGAGCGCGCGCGAUGCGAGAGAGAGAGAUGCACCCGCUCUGCUGCAUCUCUAUCGACUGGGCCGGGAUCGGCGACCGCUCGCCGGUGCCGGCGGACCCGGAGCCCGAGCUCGGGGGCGAGGGCGAGGGCGAGGGCGAAUCGUCUGCGAUCGCCGUUGCCGGGGUGCUCUACAAGUGGACCAACUACGGGAAGGGCUGGCGGUCCCGGUGGUUCUCCCUCCGGAACGGCGUCCUCUCCUACUUCAAGAUCCCCCGCCGGGAGGAGGUCCCCUUCUCCGAGGGUGACGGUGUCCGCCUCAUUGGCACCGCCGCCACGCGGCUCUCCCGGGUCCAUGCAAGGGGCGGCCGCCGGAACCCUCCGAAGCCGGUGGGCGUCGUUUAUCUCAAGAUCUCAUCAUUUCGUGAAAGUAAGACAGAUGAAAGACGGUUCUAUAUAUUUUCUCCGACAAAGACACUUCAAUUGAGAACUGAUUCAAGGAAAGAUCGUGUUGCCUGGAUUGAGGCUUUGGUCUCAGCUAGAAGUAAAUUUUCUCUAGAUGGAAGGAUAUCUUUUAUCCAGAAUGAUAUACCUAUUUCAACCAAAAAGCUUAGAGAUCGCAUGCAUGUGGAGGGACUAGAUGAGGCACUUAUGAAGGAUUGUGAGCAGAUCAUGCUGUCAGAUUCAGAGUUUCAGAGACAAUUAAGGCUUCGUUACGAAGAACAUUUAAGUUUUCUGGGCACAUUACAGCAACAGCUUGAGGGAGUUAAUUCUGAUGAAGUGACCACAACAAUCCAUGAAGGCCCAUUGCAGUUGCUGAAGCAUGAAUGUUCUUGCUCAGAGCAUGGAAAAUACAGUGAGUAUAGUACCACAGAAUCAUCUGAUGAUGUUGAAAAGCAAGAUCUAGAUGAAUUAUCAGAUGAGGGCAAGCCUUACUUUUUUGAUGCAAAGGAGAGUUUUAGUGAUUCCACUGUUGUCUGUCCCUCUAAAAUAAGAGCUUCAGACCAUGCUGAUAAAAGUUGGGGUACUGCAAAUUGCUUAGGAACCGUGGAAAUGAUGGAUCUUGAAAUAGAGCCAAAUGGUCAUAAUACAUUUCCAUAUAUCAGGAGGCGUACAAAAUUGCCUGAUCCUGUUGAGAAGGAAAAAGGUGUCAGCCUUUGGUCGAUGAUCAAAGAUAAUGUUGGAAAAGAUCUCACGCGAGUUUGCCUUCCGGUUUACUUUAAUGAACCACUAUCAACACUUCAGAAGUGUUUUGAGGACUUGGAAUACUCUUAUCUGUUGGAUCGAGCAUAUGAGUAUGGGAAAAUGGGGAACAGUCUCAUGAGAAUUCUGAAUGUAGCUGCCUUUGCAGUCUCUGGUUAUGCUUCUUCGGAUGGCCGCCGCUGCAAACCAUUUAAUCCUUUGCUAGGGGAGACUUAUGAAGCUGACUUCCCUGAAAAAGGAAUUCACUUCUUCUCUGAAAAGGUAAGCCACCACCCAACGCUCAUUGCCUGCCAUUGUGAAGGCAAAGGUUGGAAAUUCUGGGGUGACAGCAAUCUCAGGAGUAAAUUUUGGGGACAAACUAUCCAACUAGAUCCUGUAGGUGUCUUGACCCUGAAAUUUGAUGAUGGUGAAAUUUUUCAAUGGAGUAAGGUCACAACGACUAUUUAUAACCUCAUCUUUGGUAAAGUAUACUGUAACCACCACGGAACAAUGAACAUACUGGGCAACCAGCAAUAUUCAUGUAAGCUGAAGUUCAAAGACCAGUCUCUCCUCGAACGCAACCCACGUCAGGUGCAAGGCUUUGUUGAGGAUGUCAAUAAAACUAAAGUUGCUACUUUGAUGGGAAAAUGGGAUGACAGCAUGUACUGCACCAUAGAUGAUGAUAUAUUCAAGACCAAGGGUUGUAUUUCAACACAAAAUGAUACCUUAUUGUGGAAAAGGAGUAAGCCUCCUGCUAAUCCCACUCGGUAUAACUUGUCAUCAUUUGCAAUGACACUGAAUGAGCUAACAUCAGAACUACAGGAGAAACUUCCACCUACAGAUUCUAGACUUCGACCAGACCAGAGGUAUUUAGAGAAUGGGGAGUAUGAAAAGGCAAAUGCAGAGAAGCAGCGAUUGGAAAGAAGACAGCGCAUGUCAAGAAAGUUACAGGAGAAUGGGUGGAAACCAAGAUGGUUCAGGAAGGAUAGCGAGGAUGGCACAUUUUGCUAUAUAGGUGGAUAUUGGGAGGCAAGGAAGCAGAAGAAAUGGGAUGAUUGCCCAGAUAUAUUUGGUGAAUUUUCUGAAGAUCAAAAUGUUGCCCCUGGUAAUUAAAGAAAAUGAAGUGAUCAGAUGCCUUGUAGAGCAAUGAGAUCGCCGAUCGUGCACUUAUAUAUAGCAUCAACCAGUUAUUCUUUUAUUGUUUUUUUUCUUUUUGUGUUAUUCAUGAGAUGGACAUGGUACUUUGCUGGUGAUUUAUAGCUUGUUCCAGCAAUCAAUGGCAAUCUUUAUAAAGUAGUUCUCUCAGUUUUUCCAGUAAUUAUUACAUUUUUUGCCAUUAACUGUAUUCAGUGUUUUUUCAGUCA